UCUCGCUGUCCGUCUCUCUGUGUAUUUCCCGUACCUCCCUGCAUCUUCGUUCUGGUUUGUUUUGUUAGUUUUGCCCAGUUUAGGUUUUCCAGUUUAAUGUUCACCUGCCACUUCUGUUUGUAUCUACUCCUGUUCAAUAAAUACUCACCUGCAUCAGAGCUGCUGCAUUUUGGGUCCCAUCUUCAACUCCACACGUCCGCCACCCCGGACACGACAGAAAAUGAGGAUGGAGAAGAGGAUGAUGAGGAUAUGGAUGAAGAUGAUGUAUGGGCAGAUAAAUGGGAAGAUAAAGAAGCUACACAGAUUUCUAUCUCUUCUUCUGAAGAAGAGAGUGAGGAAGAUCAUGUUAAAGAUAUAGAUGACGAUGGAGAAGAGGAAGAUGAGGAUAUAGAUGCAGUUGAUGUCGGUAACGAUGAGCCAAGCACUGAGGAAGAUGAGGAUGAAGAAAGUGAUAAUGAUGAGGAUGAGACUGUGCCUGCUGUUGCCUCUAACCAUACUGGCAGCAGUGGUAUCAUAGCGAGUGUAACACCUAUGAUGAAAGAAGUAAAGGGUAUUGUUAACAUCCCUCCUGAGAAGAGUACACAUCAUCCUGACAUGCCAAGAUCUGAAGUCAUUGGAAAUAACAGAGAUGUGGCACAAAACACAGCAAUCAAACAGCUGAAUGUUAAGAAAGAACCUGAAGAGAAACUGAGUGAGUUAUUCAAACACUAA